AGCCAAUCAAUUUCAAACAAAGAGGGAACGGAAGACAAGGUCUAGCAUGUGAUGGCAUUGCUGCCAUAACCGAAAGAAUCCUAAGACAGUGAAGAAAUUUCUCCAAAAGAAAAAGGGCCAAAAAACAGCCAACCCUGCAUUCAGUUUAACCACUCAACAGUACAGAAUCUACAGACGCACACACAUUACAGAGACAGAACAUAGCAAACCACUGAUUUUUCUCCUUCCAUUCUCCCUUUUACUCUUCUCUGCUACAACCUACAAAUACACACCAAAAUCCCACUUGGCUUGUCUUUCUCUACGAGAAAACCGACCCCAUUAAUGCCUUGAACACAACAGUAAAUGCUUGUUAUCAGUUUCUUUCCUUACAGUACAUACCUUUUUCAACUACCUCUUGCAUUAUCCAGUCCAACUUUCAUUUAAUAACACCGCAGGCACUUAUUGAAUAGAUAUUCUUAUCAUAACAAUAACAUUUACCUCUCAAAUUUUAUAGUUCUUCAAGGUCUUAUCUUGUUUCUCACUACUACUCCCUCUGCAUUUGUCUCUACUUUUUUUCUUCCUGGGUUUUUUCUAGGCUGUACUCCAGAGUUCAGAGACACUUUUUGUUCAUUAACUUUGCUCGUUUCUUCAUGUUCCUUUGUUUUGGCUCUGGGGUUUUGAUCCUCUUGCUUUCAAGGUUUAGUAGCAUUUUCUUGGGAAGCGUUCCCUUUUGAUUUUCCCGGGAGAAUUUCCUUGCUUUUCCCUGACAUUUACUUGAGAUUUCACCUUGUUUUCAAGUGUAGAAUUUAGUGAAGUUCUCUUCUUGGACUUGCAAUAGAAGUUCUAUUUUAAUGAGCGUCCUUUUUUUUUUGUCUUGAAUUCAACAAUCUGUGAAAUUUAGAGUCUAGUACUUGAAAUUUGUCUUCAAUGGGGUGGUCAAGCUGGCUUCCUUUUGUCUAUCUUUCAUGGAGUUUCUUUAUUUCAAGUACUCAUGAGUCACAAACUUAUCAGCUACAGCUUCUUCUGCAACUAAGGAAGCAUUUAGAGAAUCCUCCCCAAUUGGAUAUUUUGGAAGGCUACAAUGGAGACCUUUGUAACUUGUCUUCAAGUCCAAAUCUGGGUAUUGUUUGCCUGGAAAAUACUGUUACUGAACUCAAAAUUAUGGGAGACAAGCUUGUCAAGGUUAGUAAUGACUUCAAUGGAUUUGCAAUUCCUAAUCAGACUUUAUCUGAAAGUUUCUCAAUUGAUUCUUUUGUUACUACACUGACAAGGUUAACUAGCUUGAAAGUUCUUAGGUUAGUGUCUUUGGGGAUCUGGGGACCACUUCCUGAUAAGAUUCACAGGUUGUAUUCACUUGAAGUUUUGGACUUGAGCUCAAAUUUUUUUUCUGGUUCAGUUCCACCCCAGCUAUCAAGACUGGUUAAGCUUAAUUAUCUAACUUUAGAUGGCAAUUACUUCAAUGGAAGUGUCCCUGAUUGGCUGGAUUCAUUGUCAAAUCUCACCAUUUUGAGCUUGAAGAGUAACAGGUUUAAUGGUCAGUUUCCUUCUUCAAUAUGCAGAAUCAUAACACUAACUGAUAUUGCCUUGUCUCACAAUCAUCUUACUGGUAAAUUGCCUGAUUUGAGCACCUUAAGUAGGCUACAUAUGUUGGAUUUAAGAGAGAACAAGUUAGAUUCUGAACUACCUGGAAUGCCAAAAGAGUUGAUUACAGUUCUCCUAAGCAAUAACUCCUUCUCGGGAAAAAUUCCUGGGCAAUUUGGUCAGCUGAAUCAGCUUCAACACCUUGAUUUGUCUUUAAAUCAUCUCAGCGGAACACCUCCCUCUUCCAUGUUCUCUCUGCCAAACAUCAGUUACUUGAAUUUAGCAUCAAAUAUGCUGAGUGGGCCACUUCCAAAUCAUCUUCUUUGUGGCAGCAAACUUGGGUUUGUCGAUCUUUCUUCAAACAAGUUAAUCGGUGGACUUCCCUCUUGCUUGGGAAGCAUGCUAGAUAAGAGAGUCGUUAAGUUCGGAGGGAAUUGCUUAUCCGUUGAUUCCCAAAAUCAGCAUCAGGAGUCGUACUGUAAUGUGGCUAAUGAGGAGGGGAAACAAUCAAGAUGCAGAGCAGUAGGAAUAUUAGUUGCUGCCAUUAGUGGAGCUGUUCUUGUUAUCAGUCUUUUGGCAUUGUUGGUUGUCUUUUUGCGCAGAAGAUACCGUUCUAGAAGGACAUUCAAGCAGAAUAUAAUUUCCAAGGUUGAACAAGAUAACAUACCAACUGGGGUUUCUUCUGAAGUCCUAGCAAAUGCCAGAUUCAUUUCUGAAGCAGCCAAGCUAGGGACACAAGGAGCCCCAGUAUGCCGUGUAUUUACCUUGGAAGAGUUAAAGGAAGCCACAAACAACUUUGAUUCAUCGUCAUUUAUGGGAGAAGGCUCAAUCGGGAAGAUUUACAAAGGGAGAUUGGAGAACGGAACCUAUGUUGCUAUACGAUCUCUGUCUUUGUUGAAGAAGCAUUCAAUUCAAAAUCUUAAGGUUCGCCUGGAUUUGCUUUCAAAGCUACACCAUCCACAUUUGGUUGGUCUGUUGGGUCAUUGCGUUGACAGUGGCAUACAAAAUGAUUCUAGUAGCACCAAAGUCUUCCUUGUUUAUGAAUACUUGCCCAAUGGAAACUAUCGUACUCAUCUUUCAGAAAUGUGCCCAGAGAAAGCCCUUGGGUGGCCAGAUAGAUUGGCAAUUCUUAUUGGUGUUGCCAAGGCUGUGCAUUUUCUACAUACCGGGGUGAUUCCUGGUGCUUUUAACAAUAGACUGAAAACAGAUAAUAUAUUGCUUGAUGAGCAUCGGAUUGCGAAGCUAAGUGACUAUGGAAUGUCCAUCAUCACAGAUGAGAUUGAAAAACCUGAGGCAAAGGGAGAUGUCCUGAAAUCAAGUCACAAGAUAAACUUAGAGGAUGAUGUCUACAACUUUGGGUUCAUACUGCUUGAAUCACUCGUUGGGCCUAUAGUAACCGGGAAAGGAGAAGCAUUUCUGCUAAAUGAAAUGGCAUCCUUUGGAAGCCAGGAUGGUCGAAGAAAAAUUGUGGAUCCAAUUGUCUUAACUACUUGCUCACAGGAGUCAUUAUCAAUUUUGGUUUCCAUCACGAGUAAAUGCAUAUCUCCUGAACCAUCAACUCGUCCAUCUUUCGAGGAUGUCCUCUGGAACUUGCAGUACGCAGCUCAAGUCCAAGCCAUGGCGGAUGCUGAUCAGUAAUCAGAUUCUACGUCAUAGUUGUUACUUAUGUGCAGUGCUAUACCUGAGAUUAAGCUUUAGCUGAUAAGAAGCAAAUACAGCCAUAUGGAAGGGCUCUGUAAACACGUAAGGUAGGUAUAUGUUCAGGCAGGUUUAUUUCAUUCAGAUUUAGAAAUGUAAAAGUUGUAAAUGUCAUACUUGAUUGGUUGACCUUAAGCAUAGCUGAAUUCUUCCUUUUGAAAUAGAAAUUCCAGCUGCUCAAAGCUUCAAAUA